ACCAACUCAAAAUCCUCCAAAUAAUUUCCUCCUGCUUGGAAAUUUAACAUGUCUAAUUUUCUUUUUCCUUUAACAACGUCCAUGUUUCUUCUCCUUCCUUUCUUAUUCAUUUCUCCAUCCCUUGCAAAACAUUCACAUUCCAAAGAUAGUAACAUCUCAAAAGAAACCAUUUGCCUCUCCACCCCAGAUCCUGCCUACUGUAAUUACAUCCUCUAUAACCAAACCACCAUGAACGCCUAUGGCUACAGCCGAUUCACUGUUCUCAAAUCUUGGAUGCAAUCUGAGAAAUUUUACUACUUGGUCGAUAAGUACAUUAGGAAGCAACAAUCUUCUUUACCAAUACCCGUUAUCCGUGCUCUCGAGGAUUGCCUUUUACUGGCCGAAUUCAACUUGGAUUUUCUAGAGACUUCAUCCCAAGCCGUUGGCAAUGCCACUGAAAGUACACUUUCCGACGUGAAAGCUGAGAGCAUUCAAACCUAUCUAAGUGCAAUUUCAACCAACCAACAGACAUGCUUAGAAGGCAUCCAGACCACUGCUUCCGCUUCGAGCAUGAAGUAUGACCUGAUGGUCCCGAUUGCAGAAGACACAAAACUCAACACUGUCUCUCUCGCUCUUUUUACCGAAGCCUUCGUUCCGAAGAAGAGGAGAGAAUCAACAUGGCAGCCUACCUCUAAACAUCUGCCGUUCCUGAACGGACGUCUGCCUCUGAAAAUGUCCAGCCGGACGAAAGCCGUUUAUGAGUCGGCGAGCGGAAGAAAGCUUCUUCAGAUCGGUUUAGACGAUCAGGUUUUGGUGAGUGACAUUGUGGUGGUGAGUCAAGACGGUGUUGGAAAUUUCACUACCAUUAACGAUGCCGUUGCUGCGGCUCCGAUUAAAAACAAUGGAUCAACUGGCUACUUCUUGAUUUACGUCACCGCUGGUGUCUACGAAGAGUACGUCUCCAUUGCUAAGAAUAAGAAGUACUUGAUGAUGGUUGGUGACGGUAUCAAUCAGACCAUCAUCACCGGAAACCGCAGCGUCGUUGAUGGGUGGACAACAUUUAACUCUGCCACCUUUGCGGUGGUGGCAUCAAACUUCGUGGCCGUGAACAUGACUUUCCGCAACACGGCUGGAGCAAUCAAGCACCAGGCGGUGGCAGUCCGAAACGGAGCGGAUUUAUCAACCUUCUAUAGUUGCAGCUUCGAAGGAUAUCAAGACACUCUAUACACUCAUUCUCUCAGACAAUUUUACAGAGAAUGCGACGUCUACGGAACAGUUGACUUCAUAUUCGGAAAUGCGGCCGUCGUUUUACAAAACUGCAACCUCUAUCCUCGUCGCCCUAUGGACAAUCAAUUCAACGCGAUCACUGCACAAGGCCGGACGGACCCAAACCAGAACACUGGCACGUCCAUUAUUAACUGUGUGAUCAAAGCUGCCGAUGAUCUGGCCUCGAGCGAUGAAAUCUUCCAGACAUACUUGGGGAGGCCCUGGAAGCAGUAUUCCAGGACUGUGUAUUCCCAAUGUUUCAUAGACGGUUUGAUUAACCCAGCAGGCUGGAUAGCAUGGAGCGGGGAUUUUGCAUUGAGCACCCUUUUCUACGGCGAGUUUGGUAACACUGGACCUGGAUCGAAUACUACCCUCCGGAUCACUUGGCCGAGUUACCAUGUGCUCAAUGCUACUGAUGCUGCCGAAUUUAAUGUCGCAAAUUUCCUAUUGGGAGAUAAUUGGUUGCCUGCAACUGGAGUACCAUACGCCAGUGUCUUGAUAUGAGAGUUGAGAACAAUUCAUUAGUCGGUUCGAAUUAAUUGCAAAUUUUUCUUAAAAAGAAAAAAGAAAAAAAAUCUAUUUUGUUUUGACAAUUAUGCAAUUCAUGGUAUUGACUGAAAAUUGAUUGUUCACAUUGUUAAUAAAUCAAUAAACUUAGU